GAUGUCGUCGGAUGCGCACAUACAGUCGCUGCCUCUCGCUCACCCAGCCGCCGCCGCUGCUGCUUCACGUAUCGCGGCGCACGACCAUUAGCGGCUCGCCAGACUGUUAGUGGCGCCUUCCAUUACCAGUGUCAGUGCCGGCUGUCGUGUACACUGCAAGGAAAUCUGAGUUUGUAACGGAAGCAAAGUGUGCGUGUAUCUAGUUUCAGUUUACAUUAAGAAAUACUGGACUGUAGAACUUAAAGGCGGUGAUUGCGGUUUGGAAAGUAGUGUUCAAGUUUGGCAGUAACAUAUUUGAGUUGACCGAACAUUGAUCUCAGGGUGUGGGUUACGAGAUACCCUCACAAAACAACGUGCAACAGUAUACAUUAUUCCCUCGUCUGUCAGUCUGUCUAUCUCUCUCACUGGGACGAUGAAACAUGAGCGAGCCUUGUUAAUCGUCGCCAUAAACAAGAUUGAUCGCCUGUAUCAGUGAGUUCAGUCUGUACAUACUAUGCAGAGUCUAUGACCAUGAGCGACGGUGACACAUAGACACUCUGCCCUCUCCUUUCUGGCCCAGUACCCUGCAAGACGACCACGAAGAGCUGUCCAUUACCUGCCUCUAUAAUGUAUAAGCUCCUCCUCCCUGUCCUCUUGGUCCUCGCCACGCCAGGCUGGUGCUCGUGGCCGGGGGGACCCUCCUUCGUGGAUCCUCCGGUGAAUGUGACGGUGAGCGAAGGUUCCCACGCCUUCCUCCCCUGCAGAGUGGCCAACCUCGGCGACAGAUCCGUGACUUGGAUGAGGCGACGUAACCUGCACAUCAUCACCGCGGGCCUGCUCACCUACUCGCCGGACGACCGCUACAGGGUGCUGCACCCCGCCAACACGGACGAGUGGACUCUGCACAUCAGACACGCACAACCCGGGGACGGAGGAUGGUACGAGUGUCAGGUGAACUCGGACCCCAAAAUUACCACGCCUGUGCUGCUCAUCGUCAGAGACAAGAGUUUAGAUGACCCUUUCUACAUGCACGAGCUGGACACCACGGACAACAGUACACAGGUGCAUAUUGAGGGAGCACACGAGCGGUACAUCCAAAGAGGAAGCAUCCUGGCCAUCACCUGCACCGUGGACCAUAAGGGACGGGCGGGGCCGCGUCAGGUGGCGUGGUACCAGGGCGCAGCGAGGCUACACUACGACUCUCCCAGGGGCGGCAUUGCUCUGCAGACGGAGAAGACGCCGAGCAGAACAGUGAGCAGACUCAAGCUGUCGGCAGUGACGCCAAGAGACUCUGGCCGCUACAGCUGUAGACCUGACACUGGAGGCUUCGCUUCUGUCACUGUUCAUAUCCAAUCAGACCAGCCCCAGGCCGCCGUGCACCAGAGUAGCCGCAGCGCCGCUCUUGCCGCCGCCGCCCCACUGCUGGUCACCGCCACACUCCUCACGGGUCACCUCACCUCGGCGCACCUCACCAGCCUCUCCACCUACCGAUGAGUCCUUGUGACCUCCGGUUCAUCUUACCUGAAUGUGAUAUUUUCCUUUCAAUUAAUGGUUAGUGCUUAAGAUUGUAGAUACUAUUUUUGUAUAUAAUUUUUUGAAGAAACUGCAAUAAAAAAGUAUUUUAGUGUCACA